AUGAAAGCUUACAGAUCCACUUGUUAGUCUUUUCAUACUGUACAAACAUCAUAAUGCAAUUUUGCAACACCUGAGAGAUUGGUCAAAGUUUAAACUAAUUCAGGAGUUAAAUGUAGUCCCUUUUAAAAAAAUGAAAACCAAUUCAAAAAUUAUCAAUCAAAUACUAUUUCAAAAAAAAAAGAUAAUUCUAACCUAUAUGAUUACAUUAAUGAAUUAGAACAAAGUAGAUAUGUUAUUAUAGCUAUAUAGAAAUUAAUAAAUUAGAGUAAAGUUAAUGUAAGAGUUUAAAUAAUAAUUAUCCUGAAAUUUUAUAAUUAGAAAAGAGAAUGCUAAUUUUGUUAAAUGAAAAUUGCGAAUUGAAAAGUGAAGCUCUUAUGAGUUAAAAAUUAGCUUAUGAAAAUGAAUAACUCAAAUAAUUGGUAUAAGAAUAAUAAAUGAAAAUACUUGAAUUUGGAGAACAAUAUAAUUUGCUCUUUGAUUCUCAUUAAAAAGUUUGUGAAGAAUAUAGAGUUCUAGAAUCUAAAAUCUAAACUUAUGAACUCACAAUGUCAAUAAGAAAACAUUCUAGUUUUAGUGAAUAUUUCAAAACUUCUGAAUGA